GUGCACAUUGUACGCAAAAGUUCCUGCAAACACGGUAAGGUCACCAACCUCUCCUUCCUGUAAGAAAAGUCCGGAUCAUUAUUGCUUUGGGAGGAAAAUGGAUAAAGGGGUUAGGAACAUGAAUGGAAACACUCUCCAGGAAUCCAGAUACAUUGAAGAAAGCACUGCCCAGAAUGAUGCAAUCUCCUUGAUUUUUUCUCUCAAAGAAGAAGUUGGGGCUUUGGCUAAGGUCCUACGCAUAUUUGAGGAAAAGGGGAUAAACUUGAUCCACAUUGAGUCCAGACCUUCCCGGCUGAACAAAGAUGAGUAUGAAUUUUUCAUCAACCUGGAAAGCAAGAACAUUCCUGCUCUGGAAGAAAUCAUCAGGACCUUGAGAGAUGAUAUUGGAGCAAACGUUCAUGAGCUUUCCCGUGAAAAAAGGAAAGAUGCUGUACCAUGGUUUCCAAGAACUAUUCAAGAUCUGGACAGAUUUGCCAACCAGAUUCUCAGCUAUGGAGCAGAACUGGAUGCUGAUCACCCUGGUUUCAAAGAUCCCGUUUACCGGGCCAGAAGAAAGGAAUUUGCAGAUAUAGCAUAUAACUACAGACACGGACAGCUUAUCCCCAGGGUGACUUACACUGAGGAAGAGAAGCAAACGUGGGGAACAGUCUUCAGGGAGUUGAAGACGCUGUAUCCCACCCAUGCCUGCUAUGAACACAACCAUGUCUUCCCUCUCCUGGAGAAAUACUGUGGCUAUCAAGAAGACAACAUUCCACAGCUGGAAGAUGUCUCAAACUUCUUAAAAAGCUGCACAGGAUUUCGCCUACGUCCUGUGGCUGGCCUCCUGUCAUCUCGGGAUUUUUUGGCUGGCUUGGCUUUCAGAGUAUUUCACUCUACACAGUACAUUCGCCACUCGUCAAGACCAAUGUACACACCAGAACCUGAUGUUUGCCAUGAACUCCUAGGACAUGUCCCUCUGUUUGCAGAUCCCAGUUUUGCUCAGUUUUCCCAAGAAAUUGGAUUGGCUUCCCUGGGAGCACCCGAUGAGUUCAUUGAGAAACUUGCUACGGUUUACUGGUUUACAGUGGAAUUUGGGCUGUGUAAAGAAGGCAAUGCGAUUAAGGCUUAUGGCGCUGGACUGUUAUCAUCAUUCGGUGAACUGCAGUAUUGCUUAUCCAGUAAACCUGUCAUUGAACCUCUCAACUUGGAAAAGACAGCAGUUCAGAAAUACACUGUGACUGAAUUCCAGCCCAUUUACUACAUUGCUGAAAGUUUUAAAGAAGCAAAGCAAAACUUAAGGAAAUAUGCCUCAACCAUUUCCCGCCCGUUCUCAGUCCGUUACAACCCAUACACUGAAAGGAUUGAGGUUCUGGACAACAUAAAACAGCUGAAGAAUUUAGCGGAUGCCAUCAGCAAUGAAAUGGGACUUCUUUGCAACGCUCUGCAGAAGAUAAAGUGAGGAAGAUGUUCUUGGAUUUCUAUUGUUGGUUCCAAGAGCUGUGUGGCAAAAAAGAUGCAAUAAAACCAAUAUCAAAAUGUUUUUAAAAAUAUGCCAAUAAUUAAUAUAAUGCAGGAAUGUAGCAGAUAUUUCAGAUGCUUCUUAUGGGUUGUAUCCAAUGCUGUCUUUCCACCCAUGGAACGGACACCACUGGCAGAUCCCUCUGGAGUAGAUUUGGGGUGCAUGGGGUGGGUGGCAAUGAGGGGAGAGGGGAAGGGGAAUUUCCAUUGCAUAAUCUCCACUCACAUAACGUUGAAUUUAAGCCUAUGUGUAUUUUAUUAUAAUUAUAUAUAAAUGUUUAUUGUAAAGACAAUAGUGAAACAAAGGUAAGAAAUCUCAUCCAUGUCUUCUCCGUUGGUACUGCUGGUGGUAUGGACACCGGGGCUGCUUCCAGAUGAGACUUUUAUUGUACAAUCGUCAUGCCUUAUUGACAAGUGAUUCAGACAUAGGGCAGAUCUACACCUUGGCCCUUUCUACAUGUAAGGUUUAUCCCAGGGAAAUGGAGGGAUCAUCCCUGCCUGCUCCCGGGAUCCCCUGUGUGGCAUUUGGAUGCACAGGAAUGAUCCUGGGAUGAUUCCGGGAUAUAGGGCUGGUGUAGACAUGCCCUUCGUGUCAAAUCAUUGCAAAUGUGGAAUAAAAAGCUCUAUGAAAGUGGGAUAUGGAUUGGAAUGAGUCAUGGGCCCCAACCGGUGUCAGUGUACUUCAAUACCACUAUAAAGCAGUAGUGUAGAUCUAGCUAUAGUCUUCCACUUGUAACCCUUCCAUGUUUUCAAACCACGUCUUCUGUCUUUUUUCCUUUCAUUUUUUUAAAAAAUCAGUUAAGGAGGAAAAGACAGAAUAUCUUCACAAUGUAUUAUGACUGGUAGCACUAGGAGCCAGAAACUUCCUUCUAGCACAUCCUAGGUCCUGGAAACAGGUUAGGGGAAGGGACAUGGGGGUUAGCAGAGAGAUGGAUCUCAAUCUUCUAUAAGGAAUUCUUCCCAAGAAUGUUUUGUAGCAGGAAGAUAGGGUGAAAUUGAAGAACAACCAAAUUUACAGGGAAAUGAUGAUUGAUUAGUUAUCUUAGCUCCACCUUGUGUUUGUGGUGGUGGUGGUGGUGUGUAUGUGUAUCUCAGAUAUUCCAAUUGUCAUGUUUCUACACCGCUCAUGACAAGAAUGCAGCAUUUGGCACCAUUCUAAUGCCAUGGAUUUAUUAUUUCCCACAGUUUAUAUUUUAUGAUAGGUCAUAAAUAAAUUUCAGACCCAGGCAAAAUCACAAAGAAAAUGUAUUAAUCAAAGUUGUAAGUUAAAGUUAAAGGGAUGCUGAUAACUUUAAUUAAAGUUCCAUUAAAGUUAAAGGAACAUUAAAUGAU